AUGGGUUGCAAAAUAAACACCUCAAACCCUCCAAUUCUACUCAAGUUCUCCACUACGAAACCAACUCAAAGAAUCAGAGCCAUUGCUUUCUCUUCUUACAGUCCAAACCAACCAGAUUCAAUCUCCUCCACCACUCUGCCCAAACCUGAUGUUUACACUGUUAAUUUCAAAACUCUGGGAGGUUGCAAGCUUGGAAUCUCAAGAUAUCCAGACUUCGAAUACAAUGCUCACGGUGGGACAGGAACUGGGACUGGUACCAAGACCAAAGACGGUGACUUGAAUACAAUUUCAGUAUCAUUUGACCUGAAAACUCUGUAUAUUCCACCAUUAACAAGUGGGACUACUACGUUCUUGGGAUUGCCGUUGCCACCAUUCUUGAAGAUCGACAUAGUCCCUGAACUCUUUCAGGGGACCAUUGACCAAGAUUCUGGCAAGGUUGAUCUUGAAUUCAUGGCCAGGUUCUUGUUCUCUGUUGGGACUAUCUAUAGAGCUCCUUCACUGCUUGUAAAGACAGUUCUGACAUCAGAGGAAUCAACAGGAACAAUACGAAGUGGUCGAGGUGAAAGAUUGGAUGAAGAAGGGAAAUGCAGACUUGUUGGCGUGGCAACUGUUGAUCCUAUCAAUGAUGUCUUCAUGAACACCUUCCUUGGUCUUCCCACAGAAUGCCUGGCCAAACUUAGUGCUGUAAUUUCCUUUUCUAGUUCUUGA